CUUUUAUUUAAUUUUUUUUACAUUCUUAAGUUUGAAAACAAAACAUUUAAUUGGUUUUGAGAUGAUAGGUAAUCGAGGAAUGGACGACUUGAUUCCCGUUGUUAAUAAACUUCAGGAUGCUUUUUCUACACUUGGUAGACUAUGUCCACUGGACUUACCUCAAAUUGCAGUAGUAGGCUCGCAAAGUUCGGGGAAGUCCUCUGUGUUGGAAAGUUUUGUAGGAAGGGAUUUUUUACCUCGAGGAGGCGGUAUUGUUACAAGACGACCGUUAAUUUUACAAUUGCUCUACUCGAACCAAUCUGAAUACGGCGAAUUUCUUCACACAAACAGAAAGUUCAUGGAUUUCAAUGAGAUUCGAAAAGAAAUUGAAGCUGAAAUGGAUCGUGGCACAGAAGGUGAAAAGGGAGUUUCCUCUGUUCCUAUCAACCUAAAAAUCUACUCUUCUCACGUAUUAAAUUUAACACUGGUCGACUUACCCGGUCUAACUAAGGUCGCCGUUAAAGGGCAGCCGACUGCCAUCGAAAAGUUAAUAAGGGAUAUGAUUAUGGAGUAUAUAGUUAGACCAAACUGUCUUAUCCUUGCCAUAUCUCCGGCCAAUUCGGAUUUGGCCAAUUCGGAUGCGCUUCAACUGGCCAGAGAGGUUGACCCGAGUGGGACCCGGACUAUAGGCGUCAUCACGAAGCUGGAUCUGAUGGAUGAGGGUACAGACGCCCUCGAUGCUCUAGAAAACCGUCUUAUUCCGCUUCGGCGAGGAUAUGUGGGAGUCGUCAAUCGUUCGCAAAAGGCCAUCGAAGAACGAAAAAGCAUCGACGAGGCUCGCAAGGAAGAGAAGCAGUUCUUCGAAAACCAUCCCGUAUACCGCCAUUUAGCAGAAAAAAUGGGCACUAUACAACUCCAGCGCGUCCUGAAUCAGCAAUUGGAGAGACACAUAUGCGCCUCCGUACCUCACAUAAAAUCUCAAUUGGCGAAAGAAGUAGCUCUUCUCGAGAAACAAGUGCGCGAGUUUGACCAGCAUGACCUUUCCAACAAUGAAAAGCCGGCAGCUAGGUUGAUGCAGAUCCUUCAGAGAUUUUCAUACGAGUACUGGGGCGAAAUAAACGGCUUUACUUCCUCUUCAGUCAAUUUAGAGAGCCUAUCCGGCGGGGCGCGGAUCAAUCGCAUCUUCUUCGAGUCUUUUCCAUACGAGAUAUCUAAAUACGAAAUGGACGAAAAAAGGGUUAUUAACGAGCUUUCGACUCUUGUAUUGAACGUUAGAGGGGCCCUCUCCGGCAUCUCCACUCCUGAUUAUGCCUUUUUCAAAAUAUGCGAAAGGCAAAUCGAACGGUUCAGGGCGCCGUCGCUCUACUGCGCUGAGGCGACUAUGAACGUUCUAGUAGAACUGGCUCUUUCAACCUCUGAAAAGCUCUCUACUUACCCUCGCCUCCGGGAAGCUCUUGAGAGCUGUCUAAAGAAGGCCAUAAAGAGUGAGCACCAGAGAACCAUUGGACAGGUCAACUACUACAUUAACUGCCAAAAAGCAUAUAUUAACGUGAACCAUCCGGAAUUUUUGACGGACAAGCGUUCUUACAAAACCUCAACAAGUGAUUUGAAGUCGAACACUACAGUCCGUAAGGGCUACAUGCUGCUUCAUUCUAGUGGGCUCGGAUCCUCCAAUAAAGAGUAUUGGUUCGUCCUGACUGUGGACACUCUGUCGUGGUUUAAGGACAACAAGGAGCAGGACAGGAAGCACUCCGUAAGCACACAAGGGCUCAAAAUUCGGCACCCCCCGAAGGGACUAUUGAAGAAGCUGUACAAGGGACAACCUUCUUUCGAGCUCUAUUAUCCUUCCAAAAAGGCUUUGUACGAUAACGCCCUCUCCUUGCAACUCUCGGCGCACUCCCAGCAGCAGCUCGACGAAUGGAAGGCCGCCUUUCUUCGGAUCGGUGUCUUAUACGAGCAUGACAAAAAGGACGACUCCCAGGAAGACGGCCCGGAACACUCUUUUGACCCUUCGUUGGAAACUCAUCUGGACAACUUGCGCUGCUUGCUGGAAAACUAUAUACAAAUUGAAAGCAAGAGCGUCAAGGACCAUAUCCCAAAGCUCAUUAUGAAUUUUCUAAUAAACUCCAUGAAAAGAGUGCUGGACUCGCUUUACGCAGAGAUUGUCAGCGAGCAUCCUGUAUCCUAUUUGAUGGAGGAGAGCGUUGAAGAAAAACGGCUUCGGGAAGACACUUUAAAUAUGUAUAAGCUGGCCACCGACGCUUUAAAAGUUUUAACCGAGAUAACCAGGAAGACAAACUUACUUUCUUCCGCCGAUGGCGCCUCCUCAGAAUCGCCGCCCGAGCCAGCCUCUCCUCGGAAGCCUCCUGCUCCAGCCCCCCCCAAACCUCCUCUCCCCUCUCAGCUUCCCCCGGAAGUCUCUUCGACCUCUUCUAUUAACGUAACAGAGCUACCACGGACACCUCCGAAUCCUCCCCGAGAGACUUCAGCAGGGGCUUCCGUUAAUCAGAAGACUGAAGCUGAAUUCACGCAAAAGGAAAAUACGCCCACGCAAGAGAUCGAUCUGACUAACACAGUGCCAAUGCGUAGAACAAAAAUGCAAAGCAGCACCUCUAUAGGCGAUGGAGGGGGGGGUGCGAGGAAAGCUUCAAGCUCCGGGCGUUCUGCUAUACUAGACAGGGUCUGUCUAUUUGAGUCAUUCGGUCAGAAAAAUUCCCCUAGUUUGGAAAAAAAAGUUAGCAAUACCGAAGUGCUGCGACCUGUGUCGGGGACUUUCCCGAAAAUUCCUCCUCGGCCAAAGUGAUUGAAACACUUAGGGUUUUCAGUGCAGUAA